CUGUUGCUAUCGGGAGCUAUCCAGUGCUGAAGUUGAAUUUCCCGUUACGGCUCGUGUACAGCAGAAGCGCAUCAAACAUCGCCACGGAGCUCCCGCAUCUUUUUCUCCGCUCAGGUGUUUGGCUUUCAGACCCUUUUCAGGAUCACCGAGCAGUCCAAGUCUUUUAUUCUGCGGUGGAUAAAGCAAGGAUAACGUGCUGGACGAGUGCUUCUGCUCUGCGCUCUAAACAUGCCAAGGUCUUUUUUGGUGAAAAAGGUGAAGCUAGAUGAUUUCUCAUCCACGGAACUUGAGAGCGCGUACUGCAGGUCCAGGACCGAUCUUAGCUUUCGGAUACACGACAAAGGGUACAUCAGUGACUACAUCAGCCCAACCGUUUACGAUGGAGAAAGCGACGGUGGAAUUAAAGUACCUUCCCCAGGACCAAUUUAUGACAGCAACCACAGUGACUACGGGGCACCUGACUCGGACCAGCCGGACAGCCCGCAGUCAGAGAUCACGUCCGGGUACAUUAACGGUGACAACGCGGUGAGCGAAGGUUACACCGUGGAUGCGUUCUUCAUCACGGACGGCAGGUCGCGGCGGAAAGUGAUUAGCGGCUCGCGGACGCUCCAUCGACACACGUGCAACGAAUGUGGCAAAACCUACGCGACGUCUUCCAAUCUGAGCAGGCACAAACAGACGCACCGGAGCCUGGACAGCAAGAUGGCCAAAAAGUGCCCGACAUGUGGGAAGGUGUACGUGUCCAUGCCAGCCAUGGCCAUGCACCUGCUCACCCAUGACCUCAAGCACAAGUGUGACAUAUGUGGAAAAGCGUUCAGCAGACCUUGGCUACUGCAGGGCCACAUGCGGUCUCACACGGGCGAGAAGCCCUUUGGAUGUGCACACUGUGGAAAAGCGUUUGCCGACCGCUCUAACCUGCGUGCGCACAUGCAGACCCACUCGGCAUUUAAACAUUUCAAAUGCAAGCGAUGCAACAAAACUUUCGCGCUCAAGUCCUACCUGAACAAGCACUACGAGUCCGCAUGCUUCAAAGGCGCGUUCUCGCCACUCGCGUCUGUUGAGGCAUGACUUCCGGUCUUCAAACACUCCCCCCAUCCCCAGUCAUGUCUCAAAAUCUAAAGUGAAA